GCUUUCAGAUGUCAAAUAGCUGGUCUGUUAAAUGCAAUUCUUGGAACUGUAGUGGAAUAUUGGAUCAUCUCAGGUUUGCUUAUGGACAGAAAUAUAUUUCAUCAAGUAGCUGAUGAUUUGGCACAGUACCUUGCCAUGUCAUUUGAUGAUUUUUUGAUAUGUGAAUUAAAAAAGUUUAUUUGUUCCAUAUCAUCCCCCUGGCUUCAAAUGUUUGUUGCAGAAGCAGUUUUUAAAAAAUUAUGUUUACAGAGGAAUAUAACUAUUGCUAUGGAACCUCUUUCUCUUCAGAAAAUAGUCUGUUCCUAUUUGCCUGUUUUGCAAGAGGUAGGGAUGCAUGAGACAAAGAUAGACAGCACCAAGAAAAAGAAAAUAGGGCAAUGGCCGUGCCCCGAGUCUCAAAGGGCAGUACAGAUGCUAAAUGGCGAUAACCAGAAUGAAGUCAAAGUGCUGCCUGAUCUACCUGACUUAAUUGUUAGGAAGUGCCCUCCAUUGACAGAGAGGCUUAAAGCUAAAGCAGAAGCCGACGCUACACGCACCAAAAUGAAUUGCUACCUUUUGGCUGAAGGAGGACACUCUUACAGGAGAAAUACUAAAGGAGAGACAGACCUGCAUAAAGCUUGCAUAAGUAACAAAGUGGAGAGAUUGAUUCAGCUUCUCUCUGUCCCUGGAACAGACAUUAAUGUUAAAGACUAUGCUGGCUGGACGCCUUUGCAUGAAGCCUGUAACCAUGGCAGCACAGUGUGUGUCCGUGAAAUUUUGCAACGUUGUCCAGAGGUAGACCUGCUCAGUCAAGUGGACGGGGUGACUCCUUUGCAUGAUGCACUGUCAAAUGGACAUGUAGAAAUUGGCAAGCUGCUACUUCUGCAUGGGGGACCGGCCCUUCUGCAGCAGAGAGACUCCAAUGGAAAAUUGCCGCUGGAUUACGUUGAGUCCAUACCACUGAAACAAGAACUUCUGAAUGUUGUUCAUCCAGAAGAAGACAUUGAAAGCUUCUAUGAACACACAGAACAAGAUUUUUGCAAUCAGCAAAGAGAACUGUGGUUUGUUUUGUUUACUAAGAUGCUGCUGAAUUUUUGUUCAGUUUAUAAUCUGUCUUCACCCUUUACUUUCACUCUCAGACAGGGAGGUUGCUCAGAUAUACUUGCAGUAAUAGCUCCUGAUAACUGUAAGAUGAAGAAUACAUUUUCUACAGAUUGGUUAGUAGAUACUUAUUUUAGAGAGCGAGAAGCUUUUGAAAAGCUACCACAGCUUCUUCCAGAAAUAUCUGCAAGCACAUCUUUCUUCCCUGGAGAACAGAGGAUGGCUUUAUUAGCAACUCUGGAAACUAUGUUAGAGGCAUAUAAGCUUUUUACUUAA